UUCGUCAGUCGGCCGUGGACCGCGGCGUGUGUCGCAUGUGUUGCGCGUUACGUGUAUCUAGUCUGUAGUAACGGUCAGCGUGUAGCGUGUGUAAAGCUUUGUCUCUAGUGUUUAUAGUGUAUGUGAUAGUUGUCCACAUUAUAUGGAUUGGAUUUUAACGUUUUUGAACGUACCGACAACAAAGCGCAGAUUAAGUGUUUCUUUUUUUGUGUUAUUCCGCGAGACCGUACCAUUGUUCAGCGGCGGGUGGUCGGAGUUACGAUGACAGUGUCUAUGUAGUUAUGAACCGACGCGGCGGUCCACUACAAUAUGGACAACGAUUUCCUGCCCGCGGAUCCACCUCCCACGCCGGGAUACAAGACGGAUCUGGCAUCGGAGUACUUCAGCACCUUCAAUCAGAUAUGCGACAACUACAGAGACUCGGACGUCAACCUGAGACAGACGUCGGAUUCCUUGAGGAUAUCCUCGGAGAUACUCGACGGUGGCAGGGAAUUCAUCAGCACGGACUUCAUCAGUAGGAAGGAGGGCCCCUACGAGUAUGAGAGGUUCCUCAAUUCGAAGGACGAACAGAUAUUCCAGUUCGGCCAGCCUGAUGCGUCGGCUCUGUUGAGGCACAGGGCCAGGAGGAGGUUCAAUGAGGAACACGGCCUCCAACAGCCGGGGGCCACCAGUCAAGAGAGUGGGUACGGCAGCGAUGAAUUCGGGCACGAUUCACCCUCCAGAUACGCGUCUCCGAAAGGCGCCGGCGCCAGUGCUGGCUAUCAGGAGCCCUACUACGGGGAGUGGGCGGCGGGGUACUACCAGCCGCCGCCGCCCUAUCAUCAUGAUCCGUACGCGACGUCGCCGGGCAUAUCCGGUGCGCCCACGGACGCGAGCGCGGGCGGGGCGGAGCUGCCUCUGCCGCCCAUGUCGUCGUUCCGCGCCGCCGCCCCCGUACACUCGCCCAGCGACCCCAUGAUAGUCGCCAAGCCGCCCAUGCAACCGAUGUACGCGGGGUCGGCAAACACCCCAUCGGGCGGCGGCGAGGGCGGAGGACCAGCGGGCGGGCCGGGCGCCGGAAGCCUGUCCUCGUACUCGUCUCCCUCCACGCCGGUGCACUCGCCCCCGCCGCUACACGCCAGGCUCUACCCCAUGAAACACUCCCCGCACCACCACCACCACCAUAACGGACAGCAAGCGAGCUGGGUAUCCACGGGUGUGUCGUCCCCACCCACGGCGGCGACGCCCCACGCGCCUCUGACGGGAGCUGUACUCCCGAACGGUCACCAGCACGUCGUGUUCCCACCCGUUAUGGGCGCGCCGGCUGAACAACGCCAGCUAGACGAGGCGAUGGUCUUCCUGAGGGAGCACUCCGACGUCGGGGGCGCUCGUAUGGAGGAGCGUCUCGACGACGCGAUCAACGUCCUGAGGAACCACGCGGAGGCGCCCGACCUGUACCCUCAGGACCACCACGUGCCACCGCCCGGUGCGGUGAGUCGCGUGGGCGCUCUGUCACACCUCCACGAGCCGCCCGUCAAGAUGGAGAGGCAUCUCAUGGCAAAUACUAAGAAACGCAAAGAGCCCCCGGACUCCGGGCUGGACUCGAAGCCUUCCUCGUCAGGCUCUGACGCGCUCACCAAGCCUCCGGGGGGGAAGAGGUCCAGGAGAUAUGUGAACAGCUGCUCGUCCGCUGAUGAAGACGAGCUCGACCCGGACGCCAAGGCGGCGCGCGAGAGAGAGAGGAGGCAGGCCAACAACGUGCGGGAGCGGAUACGUAUCAGAGACAUCAACGAGGCGCUGAAGGAGCUGGGCAGGAUGUGUAUGACGCACCUGAAGAGUGACAAGCCGCAGACCAAGCUCGGGAUCCUCAACAUGGCUGUGGAGGUCAUUAUGACGCUCGAACAGCAAGUCAGAGAACGCAACCUGAACCCUAAGGCGGCGUGUCUGAAGAGGAGAGAGGAGGAGAAAGCGGAGGACGCGCCCAAACUGUUGGCGGCGCCCAUACACCAUUACCAGCCCGUCACGGGCAUGGGAGGCGCCCCACCCCCCGCGCCGCCGCAAUAGCGACGCCCGCGCGCGACGCGCUAGACACACGCACACACACACAUACACACACACACACAAUCAUAGACACACACACACACACACGCACACCCCGGCCGGAACUGAGGGUUGGCGUGUGUGACACACUGCAGACAAUACGAACACACAUAGAGUAGUUAGAGCUCUCACAGUGAACCGGUUACAAUGAUUGUCUGUCCGUCCCCUUAUAUAUAUAUAUCUACGUCUGUAUCUACGUGUAUACACUCGCCCUUAACAUUUCCUUCUCCGUUUCGUCUCCAACCUCGCUCGACCACAAUGAUUGUAACCGAGUCCGGUGAGCACAGCAGUAGCGGAGGUGGACCGGAAGUGUGUAGAGUUGACGAGUGAUGUUGUAACGAGGUCGACACAGACAAACAUACAUACAUGUGGCGGUCAUCCAAAGAGUGUGGCGGUGUGGUGCGAAGGACACGAGUAGUUAAGUGUGUAAAAAUAUAUUAGUUUUAUAUACGAGGUGUGACGUCACCCGAAGACAAUGGGAUAUCCAGAUUGUAUAAUAGCCUAGAUUAUAUAUAGGUGGCCUAGAUUAAUCGAUAAAUAUAUUGAGAAAAAAAGAUAUUUUUAAUUACCGAUUUUAAAUAAUUUUCUUUUUGUCGCUGCCAUAAGCGUAGGUUAAGAUCCGGAGUCCAUUUAUUUCGCGUGGCAACACCGCUCCCGCCAUUUUGUUUAUUUUAUUUUUAAUGAUUUCCGUGUCCCCGGUUUACGCUUGACAAUAAAUAGUGGACUUCGGAUAACGUUACUUGUUAGGUAUUUGUUUGUGAGAAUGUUUUAUGCUGUUUUGACUUUUAUUACUCGCCCAUGGUACUUUAUACUCGCGUAGUAUGUCCGUUAGUAAUAAAGGCGAAAAUGGCGUCUGUUGUAAAAUGAAUUUCCUGGGGGAAGAUUGCCAUGUAAUACAUAACGGCGGAUAACUUAAGUGUGUACUUAAGGUUUUAUAAGUUUUUGUAUCCAAACUCCAGUGAUUUUUUUAUUAUUAUUAUUAUAAUUUUUAUAAUUAUUAUUUUUUUACGCUUUUUGCGUAUUUUAUUAUACAAAAUGAAAAUCGGUGUACUUAAAUGUAAAGGCCGCUGCGAGAAAUCACCAGCGCCGCGUCCGGGCGGCCCGGACCGCAGCGGACUUUGCAUUCAAUGGAUUUGAACCGGACGUGACGUCACGGGACAUGUGUAACUAAAUUAUGACGUCAAUGUAUAUAUGCGAGCUCUGUCCGUCUGUCAGCUGCUCGGGGUGUAAAUAGGUGUAUCUGCGGUCGCUCAAGAUGUCGGUUUGUGUUGUAGUCGCGUUUCCUUUCCCAUGAUUGUGUAUUAUAAAUUAUUUUUAAAGAGUCGCUUUAAUCACGACAGUGCUCGUAGCUUAGGGUUAUUUGUUUGUGUCUCGACAAUUGCAUGUGUACUCAAGUAGUCCCAGACUAUGUAUAGUACAUUAUCGGCAGUUGAUUUGAACUCUGUAUCAUAUAGGUUAAGGUUGAUUCGACGAAUGCCAAGAUGGCGGCCAACAUGGCGGACAAGAUGGCGCCCGAGUCGGGCUCGGGGGGGAUCUUAUGCGAGAAAGUUCAAAAAUAUUUUUUUAGUAUCGUAUCCGUAGCUGUAAGACACGUAAUCGUUUCGCUUAGUUCAUUUCGAUUCUUCCAUUUAGUGUUUAUUAUAAGUUAUCUCUCUCUAUAUAUAACGUCCGCCGCGCGCGGGUUUCUGUCUGUGUGUCAUCAGUCCUGGAGAUUGUGUACAAAAUGAGGCUUUUCUUUGCGAUUUCCUUUUUUUUUUUUGUUGUUUAGUCUGGCAGCUCUGCCGCUGUAAAGAGUCGUUCUGUUCAGAUAGUUACAUGAAAGCUCUUAUUAUAAAAAUGAAUAAUAUUAAUUAAAUAUAAAUGUGCCAUUCAUUUUGCUAA